AUGGAAGAGGAACGGUGUGACUUCGGUGUCAUCCGUGUGGCUGUCACGGAGACUCUAGCAGCGCCUGCAGCACAGGCUGCUAGUCAGCACCCAGCAGAUCGUGUAGACCCAGUUAUUACUCCGGAUUCGGAGAAACCUCAAGAAGAUCAACAGCAACCGCAAUAUGACAAAUCGCCUCACGAUAAGGGGCAUCAAGGAAACGGUGUUGACAGUCGAGAAGGCGUAUGCCCUCCCGCAGAGAUGGAUCCGCCGCAAACAAUGCUCCCAGUAGCUGAAGACCCAGGAUCCAGUGAAGACAACGGAGCUCAGAACGUCAAUGCAACGGGAGGCCUUAUGUCAGGGAAUGAGGCGACGGCAGUCACAUCCGUAGAAGUGCCGGCAAUGGAGGAGGUUGAAGGGGAGGCUGGAAAUGACGCGAACCCUCCCGAGCCGUCAGAAGAAGGGGCUUCUCCAAGUGGAGUCGUAGAAACGGUGACGGAGGCCGCAGCUGUAGGGUCAGUUGGCCUUCCAGUCGACGCAAACGAGCCCGUUGGGGCGGUGGACGAGGUAGGAGAGGCGGCGGAGGCGGAGAGCGAUGGCAAGGAAAGCAACGAUAGCGUUUGCAACGAGUGCGGAGGUGGAGGUGAAGUUGUAUGUUGCGAUGGUUGUGUCAAGUCUUACCACGCGGACUGCCUGCCUGUAGUGGCCAGGCCGCGCCUGCGGGCCAAUGCGGACGACUGGUUUUGCCCAGACUGUGCUGCGGCGGCUGCAGCACCGGCACCAGCCUCAACGGCUGCGCCGUCCACUGUUACCAUCAAGCUGCCUCAGGCUUCUUCAGAUGCUCGCGGCUCGAAACAGAACAUUGCCGCACCCCCUCCUCAAGCUUGUCCGCCCACUACCCCAGCCACUCCUUGGUCCUCCGUGCCGUCUUGCGUCCCCUCCAGGCGGAGGAAAACCAAGGCCGCAGAGGACUAUGAGACGCGUAUAAACGUGGGGCCUAAUCAUCAGGUGAGUCGGCAUGCAUUUGUCGGGAUGGAGGGUGAUGCUGCACCGGCCAAGACGCCAGCACUCGCGUGCGGGCGCGUGUAUGAAUGA